AUGUCACUACAGAGAAUCGUGCGUGUGUCCCUGGAGCAUCCCACCAGCGCCGUCUGCGUGGCCGGCGUGGAGACACUUGUGGACAUCUAUGGGUCGGUUCCUGAGGGCACUGAGCUGUUCGAGGUCUAUGGGACCCCAGGUGUGGAUAUCUACAUUGCCCCCAGCAUGGAGAGGAGCCGGGAGCGAGCUGACACCCGGCGGUGGCACUUCGACGAGGGGCUGGACAUCAUUGUGGUCAUGAACUCGCCCAGCAAUGACAUCAAUGACAGUCACGUACAGAUUUCCUAUCACUCCAGUCACGAGCCUCUGCCCCUGGCCUGCACGGUGCUCUACCUCACCUGUGUGGAUAUCUCACUGGAUUGCGACCUGAACUGCGACGGCAGGCACGAUAGGGCCCUUGUGGACAAGCGGCAGUGGGUCUGGGGGCCCGAGGGCCAUGGCGCCAUCCUGCUGGUGAACUGUGACCGGGACGACCUGAGCUGUGAUGUCCGGGACAACUCCGACCAGCACGUGUGCUGCCUGGAAGACCUAGAAGACAUGUCUGUCAUGGUCCUGCGUACCCAGGGUCCCGCGGCCCUCUUUGACGACCACAAGCUUGUCCUGCACACCUCCAGCCAUGAUGCCGAGCGUGCCCGGGUCUUCCACAUGUGUGGUCCCGAGGACUCGUGCGAGGCCUAUAGGUGCGUACUGGGCCAGGACAAGGUGUCGUAUGAGGUGCCCCGCUUCCACGGGGAUGAGGAACGCUUCUUCGUGGAGGGCCUCUCCUUCCCUGACGCCGGCUUCGCAGGACUGCUCUCCUUCCACGUCACACUGCUGGACGACUCCAACGAGGACUUCUCCGAGACGCCCAUCUUCACCGACACAGUGGUGUUCCGGGUGGCACCGUGGAUCAUGACACCUAGCACCCUGCCACCCCUGGAGGUGUAUGUGUGCCGCGUGAGGAACAACACGUGUUUUGUGGAAGCGGUGGCUGAGUUGGCCAGGCUGGCUGGCUGCAAGCUGACCAUUUGCCCCCAGGCUGAGAACCGCAAUGACCGCUGGAUCCAGGAUGAGAUGGAGCUCGGGUACGUGGAGGCGCCACAUAAGACCUUCCCUGUGGUCUUUGACUCGCCCAGAAACGGCGAACUGCAGGACUUCCCUUACAAACGGAUCCUGGGUCCAGAUUUUGGCUACGUGACUCGGGAGCCACGGGACAGGUCUGUGAGUGGCCUGGACUCCUUCGGGAACCUGGAGGUCAGCCCCCCCGUGGUGGCCAACGGGCGAGAGUACCCCCUGGGGAGGAUCCUCAUUGGGGGCAACCUACCGGGGUCAAAUGGCCGCAGGGUCACACAGGUGGUGCGGGACUUCCUCCACGCCCAGAAGGUGCAGCCGCCCGUGGAGCUCUUUGUGGACUGGCUGGCUGUGGGCCACGUGGAUGAGUUUCUGAGCUUUGUGCCUGCUCCCGAUGGGAAGGGCUUCCGGAUGCUGCUGGCCAGCCCUGGUGCCUGCUUCAAGCUCUUCCAGGAGAAGCGCAAGUGGGGCCACGGCAGGGCCCUCCUGUUUCAGGGCGUUGUGGGUGACAGGAGGGCCAAGACUAUCUCAAUAGACCAGGUCCUGUCCAAUAACAACCUCAUCAGCUUUAACAAGUUUGUACAGAGCUGCAUCGACUGGAACCGCGAGGUACUGAAGCGGGAGCUGGGCCUGACUGACCGUGACAUCAUUGAUAUCCCCCAGCUCUUCAAGAGCGAGCGCAGAAAGGCCGUGGCCUUCUUCCCCGACCUGGUGAACAUGCUGGUGCUGGGCAAGUACCUGGGCAUCCCCAAACCCUUCGGGCCCAUCAUCAACGGCCGCUGCUGCCUGGAGGAGAAAGUGAGGGCGCUGCUGGAGCCGCUGGGCCUGCACUGUGUCUUCAUCGACGACUUCACCCCCUACCACAUGCUCCAUGGGGAGGUGCACUGUGGCACCAACGUGCGCCGGCAGCCCUUUGCCUUCAAGUGGUGGCACAUGGAGCCCUGA